UCAACCUCUAAUCGUGUGUUCCUUUUAUUCUCCACCUUCAAAAGAGGUAAUUAGAGGACUCAGGAAAAGGAUGGAAAUCUUAGCAUCAUAAACCAUGACAUGAUGGUUGGGCACAACCUCAGAACAACGUAUUCUACAACUGAGAGCUAAAUUUCAGCUUUGUAAAAAAUGUUAAGCAGCAACUAAGUGAAAUGUCUCAAACUUAAUAUCAAGUAUUUAAUUUCUAAACAUUAACAGACAGCAGUCCUCCAGUGUCAACCCCUACCAUGGAUGUGGAUGCUCUACAGAAACUUAUUCAUUUGCUCCAGGCCACAGAUGAUCCAUUAAUUCAGGAGCAAGCUUUAAUCACUCUCAGCAACAGUGCUGCCUUCUCUGUAAAUCAAGAUAUAAUCCGAAAUUUGGAUGGUCUUUCUGUUAUUGGAGGGAUGCUCUCCAACUGCACUCCCAAAGUUAAAGAAAAGGCGCUAAAUGCACUUAAUAAUUUGUGUAUGAAUAUUAAAAAUCAGGAAGAGAUACAGGUAUUUAUUACACAAGUUUGUAGGACUGUUGAGUCAGCUCCCAUGAACUCUGAUGUGCAGCUAGCUGGACUCAGGCUGUUAACAAAUAUGUCUGUUACCAGUGACUACCACCAAAAGAUGAUAAACUCAAUUCCAUGCUUUCUUCGUUUGCUUUCAGAAGGAACUGAAAGGACACAGAUUCAAGUUUUGAAAGUACUUGUGAACUUAUCUGCAAACCCAGCCAUGACAAGACAUCUUCUCAGAGCUCAAGUGCCAUCACUGGUGUUACUUUUUAACAAGUGUACAAACAAAGAUAUUCUGGUUCGAGCCCUGACAUUUGCAGCAAACUUGAAAAAGAACAUGAACGAUGAAGAAGGCACCAUGAUUGAAGAAUACAGUGAAAACUCAAUUUUCUUCACACUCUGCAAGGACUCUGCACCAUUCGCUCAGAGACUGGCAUCUUUGCUGCAUCACCCUGACACAGAAGUGAAAGAACAAGUUGUGAGAAUAUUAACACAAUAGUGUUGCUUUCUUAAAACAGACUGACCUGAUGAAAAUAUCUAAUAUUGGCAAUAUUAUGCUAAAAAAGCCUGAAACAACUAAAAAAUACAACAGUGAUGAAGGGAAAAAAAACCCCACCCUAAAUACUAUCAUUUUAAUAGGCACAACUGAUUUACUACAAAAGAGAAUGCGGUGUAUUUAAUAUGGAGAACAUAACAGAUUUUUUCUACAAACAAGAGAAAAGCAAUAGCUUAAUUAUUACAGAUAAACCACUGCACAGUUGUUACAUUUAUGCAAUGGGGGCAAACAGUUUAAAACAUGGAAACAUUCAUAAUGUAAAUGAACAUUUUAAAUUAAUGAAUGAAGUGAAUGAAAAUAUCCUUCCAACACUUUUUUUUUUACUUUAAGUAUUUACAGAUGUUGAAAAAAAUACCUCUUUACAAUUGUGCAUUAAAGAUAUAGCAAUUGGAGAUUAGGCAUUUAUAUUUUACGAUUCUAUCUAUUAAAUUGGUACAGCUGAAUCUUACAAAAUACUAUUAAAUAAAAACAAUACCAAACUGUCAUUGGCUUCCUACAGAAUUAGUAUCUUCAAUGAAAGCUGCAUGCUAAAGUCACCAAACCUAGGUUUUUUCAUCUUACCUGUAUGGAAUUUAUUUAAAAACUCCAUUCUUGUAUGCUUAGUAUAUGCAUUUCUUUUAGCCAAACUGUAGUGCAAUUAACUACAACUGUGAAAGGUUUUUACACU